AUGUCCGUGAAAGAAGAAGACUCCACCAACACCGACGCCGACGUCGAAAUAGUCGAAGUCGACUCUACCGACGAGCCGUCGGCGUCUACUACCGAAGAGAGGUGUCCGGCGUGUACGGAGGGCGAGGCCGCGCCAGAGGAGAAGGAGAACUGGGUGAGGUGCGACGCGUGUAAGGAUUGGUUUCACUGGCGCUGUGUGGCCGUCGACGGCCAAGAGCUCAGUCAGAUAGACAAAUGGUUCUGCGAACCCUGUCGAGCUCAAUCACCUAAACACCGCGUAACGCUCAAACCGCCCACGCGCAAAUCAACGCGAAGGAAACCUGUACGGGAUUACGCGAACUUGAACAACGGCGUGACAGGCGACGCGUCGAAAUGGUCCAAGAUGUUGAACAGCGCAGCAUUGGCGCCCGACGCGUUUCCACGGAUGAAAGGGGCCGAUGUAAAUGCGGAGUGGCUGGAGAGAGACGAGGAGGCUAUGACCGUUCCUGUUCUCAUUGAGAGUCCGGAAGGGCUAGGCAUGGAUAUGCCCGACGAGAGUAUCACUGUCAAGGAUAUAUCGGAUAUGUUGGGCGAGGACACGUCGGUCGAAGUCAUCGACGUAGCAAGCCAAUCCGGACUCUCAGGCUGGACGCUAGGCAAAUGGGCAGAGUACUAUCACACGCCCAUAAGCGAACGCGACAAAGUCAGGAACGUCAUUUCGCUCGAGAUCAGUGGCACCAAGUUGGCCGAAAAGGUUCUGCCGCCGAGGAUUGUGCGCGAGCUGGACUGGGUGGAGAAGUACUGGCCGGCGAAUAAGAAGGGGAAGGGUACGGCGUGGCCAAAGGUGCAGCUGUACUGUCUGAUGGGUACACAGGACUCGUGGACGGAUUGGCAUAUAGACUUCGCAGGUUCCUCAGUAUAUUACCACAUCUUGAAGGGCGCGAAGACGUUCUUGUUCAUCAAGCCCACGCCCGCCAAUCUCGCCGCAUACGAGCGCUGGUCAGGUAGCGAGAUGCAAAUGAACACGUGGCUGGGCGACAUGGUAGACGAGGUCAUGAAAGUUGAACUUACGGCGGGGAACACGAUGAUCAUACCCACAGGAUGGAUACACGCCGUGUACACGCCACAGGACGCCCUGGUCUUCGGUGGAAACUUCCUACACUCGUACGAUGCUGCCAAGCAACUACGUGUACGCGAGAUCGAGAUUGCGACACGCGUGCCCAAGAAAUUCCGCUUCCCCUACUUCAUCAAGCUCUCCUGGUACGUCGGCGAAUCAUUCCUACGCUCCCUCCGAGCAAAGGAAGACUUCCCGCCGCGCGUCCUCUCCUCCAUCGAAGCCGUCUCCGUCUUCCUCGUCUCCCAAGCCCGACUCAUCGAGCGCGGCAACGAGAGUACGAAGAAGGAAGCUCGAGAGCAGGUCCCGGCGGAUAAAGUCAAGGACGCGUGUGCAGUGGCCAGAGAGUUGAGGUGGAGGGUAAGAUUAGCGAGAGGUGUAGACAGUGAUGGGGAGGAGCAUGAGGCGUCGCCUGCGCCCAGUGCUGGUACUGGCCGAGGACCUGGGCGGCCGAAGAGGAAGAGAGAGGUGGCGGACGACGGCGUGCAUGGUGGUGUACAGUUCAGGAACUUUCAGCCGAAGAGCUGGGAGGCCAUGAGCCAGAGCAGCAAGAGUGCCGAGGAGACGCGGUACCGGGCAAGACCAGAAGGAGAGCUCGCACAGGAUAGCGAGUGGUUGGUUGGUGGUGGCGAUGAGGACGUCAAGAUGGAGGAUGGCGAUGAGAAGGAGAAGGAGAAGGUGGUAGUCAGUACGAGAGAGGUUGUCACUGUCAAAGCGCGGAAGACGACUAAAGGACUCGAGCGACAUCGAGUAUCGUCCGUGCUCGAGACGUGGAGAUGGGAUUCGGCAUGA